GUUGCUCCAGUGCCGGAGCGCGGGGGAGAUGCCGUUCAUCAACAGCCAGCAUGUCAUCCACAAGUAUUUCCUGCCCCGAGCCUAUGCCGUUGCCAUCCCACUGGCUGCCAGCCUCCUGUUGCUCCUGUUUGUGGGAGUGUUCAUCACCUACGUGAUGCUAAAGAACCAGAAGGUGACCAAAAACGCUCAGUGAAGGCCCAGCCGGGAUGAGGCUGCCGGCCCCAGCUCUGCCUCCCCUCCCGGGCAGGGACCAAGGAUGGGGGCCUGCCGGACUCAUCCAGGCACUGUGGCCCUCUCAAGCCUGGCUGCCCUGCAGACACCCCUGUGGGACGGAGCUGUUCAGGACUCACCCCCAACUGACCAGAGCCCCUGCUCACCCUUCCAGAAGCCAGGAGGGAGGAGUACCUGGAAGUCUCCCUCUCACCCCCUUCUGGCUCGGCCCGAAGGAUGCUGGUCCUUCCCAUCUCACCUUCAGACUCCCUGUCACUUCUUCCUCUAGGUUCUACCAUCUUGCCUCAGUUUCCCUCCUAUCACAUGCUGA